AUGGGAAGCAGUCAACUGUCGAUGCUAACCUCAUUCAACACGUCUUCCGAGCCGCAAAAACGCGGAUACCAAGGCGCGAGCGCUACACGAGUUACUCCCUCCAUCGCACAACUCGUAUCUUACCGAACGGCGACCAACAUCAACACAUGCAAAUUCAUACUUGCACACCCAACGCCAUCGCUGAUUGGAAUGCGUUUAGAAAAUUUCACGAGUGAACGAAGUGGUUUUUUUGGUAACGCCGACGAUUUCCAGGUUCAACGACGAGUCGCAGCAUUUCCGACACCUUUUCACCCAAGGGCUGGCACGGGAAGUGGACCAUUCAUGUGA